GGAGCACUGCGUUAUUGGUGGAAGGAUGUCUUUUUCAUUUUUACAUUUGAUUGAGGCCGCGGUGCUCAUUCUGAAUGGCAUGGGUAUACUGAACGAGCGCCGUGUGCUUAAGCCGUUAGGUUUGGACAAGCCAUCAUCUGUGAACUCUUUUAGGAAUCACAUAUCUGUUAUGUUUUUCACUGUUCGUACUUAUUUGCGUGUAUUUUUGAUUCUUAUCAAUUUCAUCUUAAUCCUCUUUGAGUUGGUAUUGGGUUAAUUGUUUUUCUAGAUCUAUUCGUAUC